AUUUUACAUUGUUUUGUUAGUAUGGCUGUGGAGAAGUGGCUAGUGGUGCUAUUCACCCUCACGGUGGUCACCGGCGGGACGCUGGCGGGAGCUCAGGUGGUACAUCAUGUUGUUUCCGGCGACCAUGCUUCCGAUACAUCCACGGACAUUGGCUCUUGGUCCUCCGGCCGUACUUUUCGAGUUGGAGACAGUCUUUUGUUCAGGUACUUGCCACCACAGGAGAUGAUCGUGGAGCUUGCAAGCAUGGAAGAAUACUAUUCGUGUGAUCUAACUAAUCCCAUAAAGAUGUACACCGAUCUUGAAAAUCAAGUGCCCCUAGAAAAGGAAGGGAUCCGCUACUUCGCGAGUGCAUCGUACGAGAAGUGCAAAAAUGGUGUUAAGCUGCCUGUGCAAGUGAAGCCACGUGAAGUAACUGCAUAUGGGCCCAGCCCAUCAUCUGCAGCCCAGUUAAACAGGCUUCUAGCACUAACCCUUAUUGGGCUUUUUGUUUAUGGCUUUUAUUUUAUUUAAAUAAGCUUGUAGUGUGUUUUGGACUUUUGGUAAUUGGUGCCGAAUAUUUUGUAUGGUGCCACUAGAGCUUGGUUUGGGAUAUAAUUAUCGGUGUGUUGUAGGAGUUGUACGGUACUACUCAAAGAUGCAUUGAUUUGUGUGUUUAGUGUGUUGCUACUUUAAAUAUGAAUUUGCUGUUUCUUCGUUGACAAAGAACACUGGAAUUUGUUGUU